GAAAAAGAAACAACCCUAAUGAAGCGCGGAUGUGGAAUUUGUGCUGUCUCUGUCAAAUUUGGAUAUCACCGUCGGCACAUCAAUGCCUGCUGUUGUUGUUGUACACGGUGGGACGGACGGAUGAUGCCUUGUGGAUCCGUGGGAUGAUGUCAUGUAUCGUUGCACCCCACGUGGGGGCCGUCGCUCUCCGAUAGGCAGAUGUGACCGUAUUCCUUCCGAGUAAUCCGAUUGGACAGAUAGGCGCUUUCACGGCAGUUCAGCCCUGCUGCCUGUGUGUGGCAACCGGGGUAAGCUGGACAACUGGGGGAAAUGCGAGAUUGUGGAGAGUACCAUGUUACGCUUUUAAAGAAUCUCCAACCUACUCGAGUCGGAAGACAGAUUUUGGACGCAUAUUUAUGUGUAUUUUUUUUCCAUAUUUCUUUUUGGGAUUAACCAGCCACAAAAGGCGCACAUUCCUCGGAGGUUCGCGGCUGAGAAUAAAGUAGUUUAAUCGAGCCCGACCGCACCACAUUUUCUCCCAACUGCUCCCCCAGUCUGUCUGGGUGCGCUCCGAAGAGAGAGAGGGGGAGAGAGAGAGCGCGAGAGAGGAUGCUUGUCGAGAUCUGCGUCCACCACGCUUACAUUAGGAGGGAUUAAACGCAUGAAUUACAGCCUGCUCUGUUUUUUCUUCAGGAACUAAAAAAAAGUCGGACGGACGGUUAGCACGCACGCACGGGAUUUUCACGACCUCCCCUCACCUCCCUCCCCCCUCCCCCCCUACCACCACCCCUGUCUGCUGAGACUGGUGUGGCCGUGAGCAAAUUUGAACCAUUUCGCCAAAGGAACUGCACACUGGAGAGAUAAACAAAGGAUACAUUUCAAGAUGUAUCCACAAGGCCGACAUCCGCCUCCACAUCAGCCCGGUCAGCCUGGCUUCAAAUUCACCGUAGCGGAGUCUUGUGACAGGAUUAAAGAUGAAUUUCAGUUCCUGCAAGCCCAAUAUCACAGUCUUAAGGUGGAGUAUGACAAACUGGCCAAUGAGAAGACAGAGAUGCAGCGCCACUAUGUCAUGUAUUACGAGAUGUCCUACGGGCUGAACAUAGAGAUGCACAAACAGACGGAGAUUGCCAAACGGCUCAACGCAAUUUUAGCUCAAAUUAUGCCUUUCCUGUCACAAGAGCACCAACAGCAGGUUGCUCAGGCAGUGGAGCGGGCUAAGCAGGUGACUAUGACCGAGCUGAAUGCCAUCAUCGGGGUACGUGGACUUCCCAAUCUGCCUCUCACCCAGCAGCAGGCUGCCUACCCUGCUCUCAUGCAGCAGCAGCUCCAGGCACAGCACCUCUCCCACGCUGCUCACGGGCCUCCCGUCCAGCUGCCACCUCACCCCUCAGGCCUGCAGCCGCCCGGCAUCCCCCCCGUGACGGGCUCUGGAUCGGGCCUGCUGGCGCUCGGCGCCCUGGGCAGCCAAGCCCACCUCCCGGUGAAAGAUGAGAAAAACCAUCACGAUCUCGAACACAGAGAGAACACGAACAACUCUAUAUCCCCAUCAGAAAGCUUACGCACAGCCAGUGAGAAGCACCGCAACUCCUCCGACUACAGUUUGGACUCCAAGAAACGCAAAGUGGAGGAGAAGGACAGCAUGAGCAGAUAUGACAGUGACGGAGAGAAAAGUGAUGACCUGGUGGUAGAUGUGUCCAAUGAGGACCCUGCCACUCCUCGGGCGAGCCCAGCUCACUCGCCACCCGAAAAUGGCAUUGACAAGCCCCGCCCUCCAAAGAAGGACACGCCCAACAGCCCCGCAUCAGUGGCGUCCUCCGGAAGCACCCCAUCCUCCAAGGCCAAGGAGCUCAGUCAUAAUGACAAAUCCUCCACGCCUGGCCUCAAGUCCAACACACCCACCCCCCGCAACGAUGCCCCCACCCCUGGCACCAGCUCCACUCCCGGGCUCAGACCCAUCCUGGGCAAACCACCAGGCAUGGAGGCUCUCGCAGCCCCAGCUUUGCGUACCCCUCUGUCCAUCGCAGGCUCUUACCCUACCCCAUUUGCCAUGAUGGGUCAUCAUGAAAUGAACGGAGGCCUGACUAGUCCUGGUGUGUAUGCUGGUCUGCACAUCUCCCCUCAGAUGAGUGCUGCAGCAGCUGCAGCCUAUGGACGCUCCCCUAUGGGGUUUGAUCCACACACCCACAUGAGAGCUCCAGGCCUUCCAGCCAGCCUCACAUCCAUUUCGGGCGGCAAACCGGCUUACUCCUUCCACGUCAGCGCAGAUGGUCAGAUGCAGCCGGUGCCCUUCCCACCCGACGCCUUGAUUGGCCCCGGCAUUCCUCGCCACGCGCGUCAGAUCAACACGCUGAGCCACGGCGAGGUGGUGUGCGCUGUUACAAUUAGCAACCCCACACGCCACGUCUACACCGGUGGCAAAGGCUGCGUCAAAAUCUGGGACAUUAGCCAACCCGGCAGCAAAAGUCCUGUGUCCCAACUGGACUGUCUGAACAGGGAUAACUACAUCCGCUCCUGUAAGCUACUGCCUGAUGGCCGCACAUUGAUUGUCGGAGGCGAGGCCAGCACAUUGACCAUCUGGGAUCUGGCCUCUCAGACACCCCGCAUCAAGGCUGAGCUCACCUCCUCAGCCCCGGCGUGCUACGCCUUAGCCAUCAGCCCCGACGCCAAAGUCUGCUUCUCCUGCUGCAGUGAUGGAAACAUUGCCGUUUGGGACCUGCACAACCAGACUCUCGUUAGGCAGUUCCAGGGUCAUACGGAUGGUGCUAGCUGUAUCGACAUAUCCCAUGACGGCACUAAGCUGUGGACAGGCGGUCUUGACAACACUGUUCGCUCCUGGGAUCUGAGGGAGGGUCGACAGCUGCAGCAGCAUGACUUCACUUCACAGAUCUUCUCCUUGGGCUACUGUCCGACCGGAGAGUGGCUCGCUGUGGGCAUGGAGAGCAGCAACGUGGAGGUGCUCCAUCACUCGAAGCCUGACAAGUAUCAGCUCCACCUGCACGAGAGCUGCGUCCUCUCUCUCAAGUUCGCCUACUGUGGUAAAUGGUUUGUAAGCACUGGGAAGGACAAUCUGUUGAACGCUUGGAGGACUCCUUAUGGCGCCAGCAUAUUCCAGUCAAAGGAAUCCUCAUCUGUCCUGAGCUGCGACAUCUCGACAGAUGACAAAUACAUUGUAACAGGCUCUGGUGAUAAGAAGGCCACUGUAUAUGAAGUGAUCUACUAGAGCAGGCUGCUUUGGAUAGGAGCAUGUUCAUGCUCAGGAACAACAGACUCUUCCUCCAUCUACCUUCCCUCACACAGACAGCAUGGAUGUUGCCUGCAGCCCCCAGGGUGGAUGGGCAGGAAGUUUGGCAGCGCCAGACUGAAAAGGACGUCGGUGCUGUCGUGGCCCUGGAUGCCGUGUCCUUCGGCUCUGCCCUUCCUCACUCAUACAGCUAACACUUGUACAGCGAGUGCAGUUCCCCAAGGCACUAAGAAGAAAAUAAUGUCUUGCUGUUUUUUCUGUUUGUUGGAUAUUUCUUUUUUAUUCGUCCUUUUUAAUGUGGAGAUAAGGUUCCAUGACACAACUAGAAGCGGCGCUUCGCUCUGGAGCUUCUCCUUGGAGGUCCUGUGAAAAGUGUACAUAAUGGAGUAAUAAAAGGCCUUUUAUAGAUUUAUAUUUUGGUGUCCAGUUACGCUUGUGAUGGUUCUUUCUUGUUCUCUCCGUGAUUUUCUGUCCCCUCUGGGGAUGGAAAUUAGAUUAGGACUUUGUAAGAGGAUAUUCUAUUUCAGUUUUUUCCCUCCUCUGCUUUUUUUUCAUGUUCGUUGUCCAGAAUGACCUUUUCGGAAAUCUAAUUUGGAUUUUUUCCUCCCUGACAACGGCUUUUUUUUUUUCUUCGCUAUUUGCUGUAACACAGAAGACAGACGUUUGUCCAAUGGAUUUUAGCAGUGGAGAAUUCUGGAAAUGCCCCUUUUUUCAGACUGGAAGAAGGAGAAAAUCAUGGUUUCCAGUUACUUCUACCCUUUGGCCCUGUUCAGCAGAAAUUCAGCUUUGAGAUGACGACCUGUCCCAGAACACUGGCUGCUUUCAGUAACAUUAAAAUGGAUAAUUAUCAACUGGAGGACUGAUGGGUUUUAUGGAGAAGCAGCAGUGACUUAAGUUCGGUCUGUUGACUCGACUAUUGUAUGAAUCUUCAUUUUUCCACUCAGCAAAGUUUAGUCAUCAGUCUAUAAGAGUUAAUUAUUGCCUCUCUUGUUUGACUCUCUGUGACUGAUAUGCAAGACUUACAUGGUUACUCAUAAAGGUGGCAGGCAAAGCCAUUACCACAUUUGACAUUUUGGGUAUGCUCUGUUUGCUUUCCUCAGUAUUUCAUAGUAUUCCACAACAGUCUUCUUAUAGAUAGGACAGGUCUCUACAUAAACACACUUUAGACUGUGUAGCAUACACGUGUCAUCAUCCCUAAGGAUUGUACAGUUGACAGUUGUUGAUAAAUCAAUAAACUGUUUUUAUAUAAAAAAAAAAUCAUCUUGACUGAUUUCUAUAGCGCUGGAGCCUUGCUACUGUUGCACAGCUUAAACUAAGAGUUUGACAUUUUGCAUUUUUGUCAAGAGUUACAUGAGGAGAUUGACACCACAAAGGCUAACACCAGAGUCCAGUUACCUUAGCUUAGCAUAAAGACUGGAUUCAGCUACCAUGGCACUGUUCAAAUGCAACAAAAUCCACCUACCAGUAACUCACUGUUUUAUCUUGUUUAUUUAAUCUGUUUAACUUAAGUGUGAACUAUUAUUACUGCUAUUUUUUGGCUAGGUGCAGUAAUUUCUUGCUUUGCUCUGCUGGAGUCUUGUCAUCACUGUGAGGUUGAUGACAAGACUCCAGGAAGUUAGUGCCCGACCAAGAAAUAGUCUGGCAAAUAACCUGCUGUGAAACCACCGUGUGUUGUUUGUACACUUUGGUUUUUGCCCAGGUUAAACAAUAAUAAAUUAAAUGGUGUACUUUAGAGAAGGGAGUUUGUUCCAUUUGGACAGAGCCAGACUAGCCGUUUCCCUCCGUUUCCAGUCUUUAUGCUAAGCUAUCCUAGCUAGCUGCCAUCUGUAGCUUUAUAUUUACAAUACAGAUAUGACAGCAGUAUUGACCUUCUCAUCUAGCUCUUAGCAAGAAGGCAAAUAAGCACAUUUCCCAAAAGGUCAAACCAUUGCUGUAAAUAAGGCAGUUUUAGACUUAUAGAUGCAGAUUAAUAUUUGUUGUUGUGCUGCAGCCAGCGGCGGGACAGGGGCUGUAACCUGGCUAAAGCAGGAACUGUUGAGUGCACCAGUAACUGAGGAAAAUACACAGCAUGUUUUGACAUGCUAAAUAUUUCUUGGCUCUACUUUUCUCAUCUGAAAACCAGAGAUGUGUCCUUAAAAGUCUUCUUUGCUAAGUGUGUGCUCCUAGUCAGGGCUCUCUUGCUGUAGCCUUCAUCUACAGUACAUACUGACUUUCUCACAGGCUCCCCUUGACAGUAAAUGGAAGUCCAUCAGUAAAUGGCUGUAAAUGCAUCCAGAUAGGAGUUGACAACUGUCUCAGGAGAACCCGCAGACAUGAGAGAAAGACAUUCUGGGUGCUGUUAGAGUGGCUGCUGGGGGGCCUCUGGCGAUGGCUUUAACUCAGAACAUUACUGAGCUCGCAUUAAUAUUUGAGGGAUCAACUUAGUACAGCUUUCUCAAAGUCACAGAGUACUGUAACUGACUGCAGUCACUGUCAUUUAGCACCUUAUUGAGUUGUAUCCAUGUAUAGUAUUAGCACAGUAACUGCACAGCCAACUCGGAGUGAUACAAUAAGGCAGAGAUUUUAUGCAGUACCACUUCAGAAUAUGACGCAAACACUGCUCUUGAGUUCUCUUGAGUGGUCUUUUGGUAGUUGAGUACUUCGGGGCAGGAUGAAGUGAAUGGCCCAGUCCUUCCACUCCAGAGCAAGGCUCUUCUAGGACUCUGUGCGUGAAGCUGUGAGCUCUUCAUAUGGCUGCCUCUUCAGAGAUGUUGUUGUUAGAUUAUAAAAGCAAGGCCGGAUGCUUUCAGCAUGGAGCCAGCCGCCAUGCUCCGCUCUCACGGGCUCAUUUGUUAAAGGCUAUAGUCUUUCUUUUCCCACAUCGUUGAAGUGUGUACUUCCUGUGUGCAUUUGUAGCCUAAGCUCCUUGCUCAAGUAGAAUUUUCUUCCUCACUUAAUCAAACAGUAGAAUAUCUGCAGAUGAAAGGUUGUACCUCUGAGUGCCUAUUGCUGGACACUGAGGGGUCAUUGUCUCGCCUUCCACUGAUCUACCUCUCAAUGGAGGGCUUUCAGCAGGUUCUCAUGCGAAAGUCCAUGCUGCUCUGCUCUAUUUUAGAGGAGGGCUACAGUGCAGACUAAGAAAUUAGAGUGGCCUAAGUGUUUUACAGCAGCUCUAUUCUAAACAUAAGAGCAUAGUCCAGUUCUCUACUUCUGCUCUAAUUGUUGGAGCCAAGACUACAGAAAAUCAAAGGGGGUCUGUGAUGCCAAUAUGUGGGUUUGUACAUGCAAACCACUGUGUGAAUGUUUUUUUUUUUUUUUUUAGAUUUAGCUGCCAGGCAUUGAUCACAGUCCACCAGAAUCCUGGCUGCUUCUUUUAGCUGGCAUUCUGUUUUCCGCCCUCCCCCAUCCAUCACACAGAGAAUCAGGGUUUUUCUUUUUCUUUUUUUUUUUAUUCCAACAGUGAGGGACUGGCACCGUGCUGAAAUGCAGAAUAAUAAUCCCCUAAUCACCUGAGUAUUGCCAGUCCUAGGUUUUAUCUGCAAUGGAUGUGAAAGCCCCCAGUGCCUAGUGAUUACAGCAUUUGAUCUGGGUAAUAAUGUCUUCACUGUUGCCCUGCCUAGGGCCCGAAGGCAGUGCAGCUCUAAUCCACAGUGCAUUCUAGUGGAAUCGCAUUACACAAAGACCACCAGGGUUCUCCUCUAGAGGGGAGGGGUGGUGGGGGGGGUUAAAGGAGGAGGUUACCAUGGAAACAAGCUUCUCUCUCUCUCUCUCUUUCUCUGUCUCUGUGCAUCUCUCUCUCCCUUGCACAGACACACACGCACACGUACACACACACUCUCCUGGGAUAGAUAAGCAAAGGACAGGUUCUGUGUUUACUUUCCAUGGGCCCUUCAAUCCCUGAGCAGGCUGAGCCCUGAUAACACGAGGCCUGUACAGCCACCGACCACUGACAGCAGAUAAGCACCCCAGCAGAGCAGGGCAGUCAUCACCCUCCAACCAGGAUGAACAAACCUGGGAGACCCGGAUUCAUUUGGAUUAGGCUGGAUUGCUGCUGCUGCCGCCAUCGCCGCCGACACUGCUGCUGCUUUUGCUGCCCGCUGCUGUGUUCAGACUACUGAUGUUCACAGGACUUUCUACAUGAGAACUUGAUGUCGCACUUCACCAUGUGGAGUCUCAGAGCUUAGUCAGAGGACACAGCCGCAGUAAUGGACUGGAUGCUAUUUUAGAUAUUGAGGUCAAGGGACUGUCCGCACUGGGCAGGUUUGUGUCACCGCAGCUGGAGGUCAGUGAAGCUAGAAAAACAAAAUUCCUCCUGAUGUGUCCUGAGGAGCAGAGAACUACACAUUAUCAGUAUGUUGUUUCACCAUCUUCUUACGUCUGCCCUUUUUGUAAUGGCUGUUUUCCAGUGGAAGGCCGGAAUACUGUCGGGACAUUCCUUUGUAUUUGUUCCAAAUAUCCACUAAAAUCAAGUAAUUCAAUACCCAGAGUAAUUAGAUUUGUGUGAUACUGAUGCCCUGAGAAGGAACCAACAUGCUCUUUGAUGUCGAGAUCAAGACAGCUACAAGUACUUUCUUUAUUAUGUGCAUUAUGCUAACAUACUAAUUAUAUUUCCACACACAUUCUUUGAUUAGAGCACAGCUGGAGGUGUAUAAGCAACAUGACUAAUUGCAGAGGAAAUGGUGGUAGUGAGGUAAAAGUGGUGGGAGCUAGAUUUCCCUUUGGUCCCUUGUUCUGCCUGUUUACUUCUAACAUAUCCUUUAGUUUUUGUAAAGUGGAUUAACAGCAUGAUCACACACAAUAAAAUUAAGAAGGGGUGACUGUACACCUAAAAUCAAGGGUUUAUAGGCCUUUAUUUCCUAAAUUGUUAAUAUGGAUUUAUCUCAGUUUAUAUCAGUUUCGGAUCAAAAUAUUACUUGCUGCACAGGUGACUACUCACUUCUUUAAAUUCGUGGUCCUUUCUGUCUGUUGUUAUUGUUGGACAAGAUGGGAUAAUCAUGUUUUACCUUAAGUUGAUUAAAAGCAUCACUGUGAUAUUUAUA